AAUUUCUUUUAUCUCGUGGCGGCUUUACAAAAUGAGAGAUACUGUAUUUUUCUCGUUCGACUUCUCUGUCAAAAUUAACAGAUAUGGAACCAGAUUCCAUGAUGUGAUAACCUUUGUGAUGGGUAGCCUUUUCUGAGGUUGUCUCACUCCUCCAAGGUUAAAAGGGAGCUAAGCUUGCAAACAAGAGAGAGGCACAUCAAAUUACAAAACAAAAAAUUCUCUAUUAGAUUAAGGGUUUUAUUUCAUCACUCUCUCUGUCUGUCUCUCUCUGUCUCCGUUGUUUUUAUCUCUUGGAAUUUUGUGAGAGUGAGUCCAUGGAGAGCUUGUUGUUUCCUUCAGCCAUGUCGUCCAAUUCAUCUUCUUUGUCCGAAGAACCUAACAGCAACAGCCUUUUUUCGAUUACUACUGCUACUACUGCCGCCACCGCCGCCAACAGACCGACGCCGUCUGCCCUGAUCCAUGACUUUGAGGACUUUAAGGACAACAAUCCUCAGCUCCUCCCAGCAGCUAUUCCUCCUCCUCUUCCUCAGCAGCACAAGAUCAAGAAGAAACGGAGCCUCCCCGGUAACCCAGAUCCUGAUGCCGAGGUGAUCGCUCUGUCCCCCAAGACACUCUUGGCGACGAACAGGUUCGUGUGCGAGAUCUGCAACAAGGGUUUCCAGAGAGACCAGAACCUGCAGCUGCACCGGAGGGGCCACAACCUCCCGUGGAAGCUGAAGAAGAGAUCGAGCAACGGAAAGGAUCAGCUGGUGAGGAAGAGGGCCUAUGUGUGCCCAGAGCCCACCUGCGUCCACCACCACCCCUCGAGGGCCCUCGGAGACCUCACUGGCAUCAAGAAGCACUACUGCAGGAAGCACGGUGAGAGGAAGUGGAAGUGCGAAAAAUGCUCCAAGGUCUACGCCGUCCAGUCGGACUGGAAGGCCCACUCGAAGACUUGUGGGACAAGGGAGUACCGAUGUGACUGUGGAACUCUUUUCUCCAGGAAGGACAGUUUCAUUACCCACCGAGCCUUUUGCGACGCUUUGGCUGAAGAGAGCGCAAGGCUGAUAUUAGCGAACCAACAAGGCCAACUUGCACCGGGGAGCUCAAUGGUUCAUCCUCAACAUCCCAAUGUGAUUGCCUCCCACCACCACAAUCCAUCUGGUCUCUUCCCUUUCCCACCCCAAAACCCUAACCCUAACCCUAGCCCAACCCCGCCAUCACACUACCCAUUUCCCGGCCUCUCUCAGAAGGGCGAUGCUCAAAACCCCAAUUUCCCAAACAACUUCCUGGCUCCACCGCCAGCCUUCUCACACCACCUCUCAGCCACCGCGCUCCUUCAGAAGGCUGCUACACUUGGGGCCACGACCUCCAAUCGGUUGGGCGGACCUAUUGCCGAUCACAUGACUCAGCUCGGGAUGAAUGAUAUGGAAAUGGCAAUGAAGGUUUCGCCCAACUACAGCUUAGGAUUUGGGCAGGGGAAUCUCGGUGACCUCUGGAUGAAGAAGUCGACUGAGGGGGAGAUCACUAGAGACUUUUUGGGACUGAGAGGAGAAGAUCAUCAUCAUCGUCAACAUGGUGGCGAGGGUUCUUCGUCGAUGGUGAUGAAGCCGCAUGGUUUGGUCCAAAAUUUUGGGUUAAUGGCAAAUCCUCCAGCCAUUAACAAUGUAGCCACCACCUCUUCGAGAAUAUGGGGGUGAACUUAUCCGCCAACUACCAUAUAUACAAACGAGUCAGUAUCAGCCAUUCGUUGAAGGGCACAAUACAACCGUAUUUUAAGACUAAGAUCGACUCGCAAUAUUAUCAUCUAUAUUUUGGCACCCGAAGACAUUAUUUAGAGUUAUCUUUUGAUUUUUGUUCUUCUGGCUUCUUAUGAGACAACUUUUUUCUCUAUUAUGAGAUGCUGACAUUGCGCACUCAACUUAAGAGCGCGUAUGUGGCGGCAGUCGAUAUUAUUAAUGUAGCAAUUUUCAACUUUUCCUAGACAA